CCAAUUCGUCGAGCACGCGCUUUGUAAAAGCUUAUGUUACCUCCCUUUGUUUUAAAUUCGCCAAAGUGUUUAUUUGUAAACCAAGUGACAGAUGAGGCCAUGGCUUCAAGGCAACUGAAACUAAAGGAGCUAGAGACAUAUUUGGAAGAGGUAGAUGGAUUUGAAAAUCCAAAAGUUCUUCUUGAACAAUACUCUACCCCUGCGCAUUUAGCUGCCUGCAUGCUGUACACCAUCCACACAUCGUUUGAUGGCAUCAAAGACAAGCAUGUUCUAGACCUGGGCUGUGGUUGUGGAGUGUUGAGCAUUGGAGCUGUAAUGUUGGGAGCAAGUAAAGUGACAGCAGUAGAUGUUGACGAGGAUGCUUUAGCAGCAUGUCAACAAAACAUUGAAGAGUUCGAGAUGGAAAACAUCGACCUUGAACUUCAUGACAUCACUGACCUCGGGUCAGAGAUCAGUGAGAGGCUUAAGGUCACAGUGGACACUGUGGUGAUGAACCCACCUUUUGGAACGAAGCACAACAAAGGUAUUGAUAUGCAGUUUGUGAAGACUGGACUAAGCUUAACAUCGGGUGCUGUGUAUUCCUUGCAUAAAACAUCUACUAGGGAGCAUAUCCAAAAGAAAGCAGAAGACUGGGGAAUGGACAUGACAAUUCUUGCAGAGAUGAAAUACAACCUUAAAUGCACCUUGAAAUCUCAUAAAAAAGACACUGUAGACAUCGAAGUGGAUUUUAUAAGAUUUGCGCAUAAGUCAGUUAAAAAAUGAAAUAAAAUA